AUGUCGUUAUGGAAUGAACACAAUACCACCUCUUCCAAGAAGCCUUCUAAGGAGCAGCCUUGCCUAACUUCGACGCUGAUACCAAUUUUCAUCAAGAUCACACUAGCGACAUUGCAUCACGUCUCCACGGAGCUAUCGGCAGAGAUGAAAGAGGAUGACACCACACUUGACGUCUACCCAGAACCUCAGAACGUGACCUUAUUUGGACUGAAGGUCUCUGCAGAUAUGAUUAAGGUGUGCUUUGUGUACCGAGAUGGACGAGCUCGCGGAACCGUAGCCGUGACUGAGGCUGAUGUGAAUCCCAAGGCCUAUCCCCUCACAGAUGCUCACCUCACCAAGAAACUACUGGACCUCCUUCAGCAAUCGGGUAACUACAGGCAACUUCGGAAAGGAGUCAAUGAGGCCACUAAGACCCUCAACAGAGGCAUCUCUGAGUUCACUGUGAUGGCUGCAGACGCUGAGCCCCUGGAGAUCAUCCUUCACCUCCCACUGCGGUGUGAAGACAAGAAUGUGCCCUACGUACUUGUGCACUCCCAACAGGCCCUGGGGUGGGCGCGGGCGUGGUGUCUCCAGCCUGUGAUUGCCUGUUCCGUCACCAUCAAAGAAGGCUCACAGCUGAAGCAGCAGAUCCAGUCCGUUCAGCAGUCCAUAGAAAGACUCUCGGUCUAA